AUGAGCGCGUCGGAGAGAGUUCUCUCUUGGAUCUUUCCCAAGGCCAGCCCUCCUGCCUACGUGGUUCCCAAGUACGUGCCUCCUCUGGUGACUACCUCCCUCACCCUUCUCUACGGUAUCUUAGAAGGGAUCCCGGCAUUGUUCGCGGCCUCGCUGUUGGUGUCCCUGCUGGGCUUCUAUAGGGUGACAUGGUUUUUCAGCCUGGGCUACGGUCUUUCAAUGGCCUUCAUGUCCUGCCUCUCCCUCUUCUUCUUCUCCGUCAUUCAGGGCGCGUCCAUCCCCUUGGUUGCCAUGCUGCACGCCAGCCUGGUCAUCGCAUGGGGAGUUCGGCUGGCUGCGUUUCUUGCAUGGCGAGAGUUCAAGGCCUGGCCAGAGUCCAAGAGCCGAUACGUCGAGACGAACAGACGGACUGGACUGUCCAAAAAGAUCUCCACCUGGGUGUUCGUUGCGAUCUUCGACUCGCUUCUCUUUGCUCCCUGCCUCUUCCACAUGAAGACUCCGUCGAAGCUCGAGGUCCUGUCGUGGUUCGGAGUUGUCCUGCAGUUCGUGGGGCUGCAGGUAGAGUCCUUGGCUGACCAGCAGAAGAGUCUGAGCAAGCGCGAGCGUCCCGGUCAGUUCUGUCAGGAAGGCCUCUACAGGUUCUCUCGGCAUGUCAACUACCUCGGCGAGAUUCUGUUUUGGUCCGGCAGCUACAUCGCGAGCCUUGGGAGCCUUAGGAAUCCCUUGCAGCUCCUGACAGCCUCAGCUGGGUUCUUGGCGAUCUUGGGCGUCAUGGUGGGAGCCACCAACAACCUUGACAGGAAGCAGUUUGACAAAUACAACGGAUCCCCCGAGUACCAGAAGUACAUCAAGGAGACGCCGAAGCUGAUCCCCUUCACCAGGUGCCUGUGGUGCGACAGUCUUGUGCCAUCGGCCUGA